AUGUCCGAGAGUGGGCAGCCAUGUCUGAGAGUGGGCAGCCAUGUUCUAGAGUGCGCAGGUUCAGAGAGUCUGAGCUCAAGUAGGGCCUAUUUUACAGAAGGGGGACACUCAUCUUCUGAGGGCAGGGGAAGAUUUUCAGAAAACAUUUAUAUUAACAUGAACCUCAAAAAUAAGUUCUCUUCCUCAGACAUCAACGCAGACCCUCCUCCAGCUCCUCAAAACAAGAUCAUGUCUCUUAAAGGUAGUCAUAGAUGCAAGAUCAUCCUCACCUCGUUCAUAAUAUUUUUUCUGCUGUUGAAAAUCUUACUCUCCAUUGUUCUGCUCAUUUUGUUUAAAAAAUAUUCUCAGCUUCUUGAAGAAAAAGCAAUCAUAAAAGAACUGAACUUUACAGGAUUGGAGUGUACGAAAAGGCAUUCACUCUUGAAAGACAAAGUCUGGAGCUGUUGCCCAAAGGACUGGGAGCCAUUUAAUUCCCACUGCUACUUCAUUUCCACUGAAUCGGCAUCUUGGAGCAAGAGUGAGGAGAAGUGCUCCAGCAUGGGUGCUCAUCUGAUGGUGGUCCGCAGCCGGGAAGAGCAGGAUUUCAUCACUAAGAUCCUGAACCGUAACACUGCUUAUUUUAUCGGGCUUUCAGAUCCAGGACAUCGACAGUGGCGAUGGAUUGAUCAGACACCAUACAAUAAAAGUGCCACGUUCUGGCACCCAGGUGAGCCUAACAAUGACCACGAACAAUGUGCUAUAAUAAAUGUUUGGCAUAAUAAUUGGGGCUGGAAUGACAUCUCUUGCAGUGCUAAACAGAAAUCAGUUUGUCAGAUGACGAAAAUAUACUUAUAAAUCAAGAAUUCUUCAUGGAGACUGCAUUUUUAUCCACCAUUACAAAGACACUUGGAAAGUUCUUAUGUGGAAGAGAUGUCCACAUAAUUUUAGGUAGGCAGCCAACAGUUAUACAUAUGAUAAUACUGGUCCACAUAUAUACUUAUUUAUUGAUCUAUUCACUCAUUACUCUUAUAUAAUGAGAAUAUCUUAUA